AUGCUUAGCGACCUCCCAAAUGAACUCUUGCUCUGGAUCUUCAAGAGCCUUGACAAAAAUGACAUCGUUAAUUUGAUCGCUUGCUGCCAGAAAACUGCGACCAUUGGCGCGACGGCUCUCUUUAAUUGCCUCCAGCGCGAUGAGAUGCCACCCCUUCAUCGAGCCAUACUCAACAGACGACUAGACAUUGCACGACAGUUGUUGGAUCUUUAUCAGGCAAAUCCCAACUCCGAGUACCGUGGGAUGAGCACGCUUCUGCUCGCCAUUGAGAUGAGCUACCCACAAGCAGUUAAUCUCAUGUUGGAACAUCACCCACGGCUGUCCUAUAUUUGCGACUUUCAAGGUCGAGGGCCGUUGUCAAUCGCUGUCGCAAAGGGCACUUUUGCCAUCGUUGAAACCCUGUUGCAGUACCCAGCGCUGGACGUCAAUGACCGAUGCACCGAUGGCAUGUCCGCUUUGAUGUACGCAGUGGAAUACUCGGAGCACGCCAUUCUAAGCCAUCUUCUGACCGAUCCCCGCGUGAAUGUCAGCAUCGAAGAUCGCCUUGGGCAGAAUGCGCUACAUUCCGCAGUUCGAAAGGAAGACCAUAUCUCAGUGCAGAUCCUGGCCCGAGACCCUCGCUUGGAUGUCAAUUGGUGCGGCACCCACCGAAAUACGGCACUACUUCUCGCGGUCAAGACCCUCAAAGGGAGGUCGCCCCGACGGGUAGUGGAAGCCCUACUACUCAACCCAAGGCUUGACAUCAAGCACCAGGAUUCUAGAGGGCGCACGGCGCUGUGGCACGCGGUGGACCUGCAGAAUGAGGAGCUAGUGCAACUGCUCUUGGACCAGAAUGACCUUCAUUUGAAUGACGCGCAUGAUGGAGGUCUUACCCCUCUUGCGCGAGCAGCGGAGCGUCAAAGCCCUCGCUUGCUACAGAUGCUUCUGAGACAACCCAAAAUAUGUAUCAAUGCCACGUCGAGCUUGGUUUCCCCGCUGUGGGCCGCGUGUCGGGCGGGUUCGCUCGGGGCAGUCCAGAACUUGUUGACCCAGAGGUCCAUUCAGAUCAACGCAAAAGCCCCCUCUGGAACUUCGCCCCUUCACGUAGCUGUCAUCAACCAACACUUAGAAAUUGUGUCUCUUCUUCUCUCACAAGGUGAAAUCGCAUUGAAUGAGGUUGGGCCCUCGGGCCUCACGGCCCUCAUGUUUGCUGCUGCAAGGGGGUACACUGCAUGUGUUGAACGGCUCUUGCGCCACCCACAGAUUGAUCUCCAAGUUCAGGAUCCUUACGGGUACUGCGCUUUCAGCUUGGCGAUACUCAAUAGAUAUGCUCGGGCAGUGGAUCUCUUAAGCAGUGCAUUUGUGCGGCAGAGAGCACAAAAAUUAGGCUGCCCAUCGAGCUAG